AUGGCCGAAGGUCCCCGAGGCAGGGGCCGCAGCCCCGCUGCGGCUCCCCCGCCGCCCGCGAUCUCUUACGGGCCGCUGGGCCCGGGGAACCCGUUGGCCGACAGCUUCGACAAAGACCUGCGCGAGGGCCUGAGCUUCUUGCGGCGAAACCGGGAAGCGGGGAGCGCCGGCCCCAAGUCGCAGGAGCUGCACAGGCGAGGAGCAACAACUUUGUUUAAUGUUUGGAACAAGUACAAGCACCGAUUUCCAGACAGGUAUUACAAAGAAAAACUUGUGAAAGUUGGUGAUCAGCUCAUGGAAAUAAAUGAAUAUAAGCUGGCACUUGUACAGUGCUAUGGGCAGUAUCUUCAACAGAUCAGUACCAUAGACAUCGACGUGCCUGAAUUAGAUGUGCAUCAGUUUCAGUCUAGUUUUUUCCCAAAUGGAGUUAGAGAUAAAACAGCUGCAGUUACAUUCCAUGUGUUGCAAGCAAGGAAUAUUUGCAUGUACAGAAUGGUAUGCAACAAUGAUAUGGAUCUUCUGAAUCGGGAGUCUUUGAAGUCAUGUUUCACAAUCUUGUCCAUAUUUCGACUCAUCAUGCAGAUGACUCUGCCACAUGAGCAUUUGUGUUGGAUUGUCUAUAAUGGUACAAUUUAUAUGUAUACCAUAUGUAGACAUUUGAUGACUGUUGGUCAAUCUGCUAAGGUGCUAGAAUAUUUACUGUGGGCCUGUGUAUGUAUGGAGUCAUCAGUUCCACUUUUAGCUGUGCAUUACUUGACAUGGAGGACCACACUUUAUGCUGCUGUUUGCCAGUGUUACUAUGACUGCCAGUUGGGCAUUCAUGGAGAGGUAUUUGCACGCCGUGGUCUGAUCAAAAUUGAUGAACUAAAAAAACUAGAAAACAUGAGUUCAUCAUUAAGUGUUGAAACAAAGCAAAUAUUCAAAGAAGCCACUGUGAAGAUGGCUACAAUGAUCUUCAAAAGAUCUGCAUUUGAACCCAGAAGAAAACCAAAAGGGGUUGUUCGAACAAGACUGAGAACUAAUCUAAGAGAAGCACAAUAUCUGCCAUGGCCUCGUACAAUCACAGAACGGCUACUACUGGAACUCUUUGACUGUAAUUCAUCUCAUUUUUUUGCUAUAUUGGAAGCUCUGUUUGAUAGAAACAGGAGGACACUGGUCCCUAGUCCUCCUGUUCCUGAUGAAAUAGAAAUUCGUGAUGUGGUUUCAGAGCUCUUUUUUGCAGGCGUGGACAUUCUUUCAGGUGGUGGUAUACAUGGAAUCUCAUCCACUGACCAUCCUGGUGUAAUAACUGCAUCAUCAUCAUCACUUAUGGAGCUAAUAUUAGCAGGGAAGAAUGCUGUUACUGCUGAUGCAGCCUUGAGGUUUGUGAAGAUGGCUUUCAGCUAUGAAGAAUGGGAUGCAUUUGAUCAAGCAGCUGGAUUGUUUUUUACUUUUAUUAAGAGUCAAGAUAAUUCAGUAAGGAAGAAGGCAGAAGCAGAACUGAAAUUACUGCUUAUAAUGCAGUCUUUACUAUCUCCAAGAAAACCAAGGCAUAAUAUGUGUGUUCAAGAAAAUAGUAUCAAAGAUGUAAUUUUUGCUCGAGGCUCACGGAGAAAAUCCAUUGCAUUUCAAGGAAAAUCUGGAGAAACAACAGAUGAUCUUUUUCGAUUGGCAAGGACACUCUAUUCCUGCAUCUGUAAAGAGGAGAAGCAGAAUGAGCCAGACAGAGAAAUGGUAACAGAUGUAACAAUGUUUUUGUGGCAAAAGUGUAAGAUGGGAAUUCAGAAGAUCCUAGUGAGUGGAGACAACUACUUAAAGACUGCUCGUAAAUACCAAACUUCCAAGUGGGUUCAUAUACUUUAUGUUCUUAAUGAAGUAAUUCACACAAUUAAUUUUGGAGAUGCUAAUGCUGUGGUGAUGGCUGAAGUUGCCUUACGUCUAACUGAAGUGUUGGAGAACACAGCAGACUACACACUCAAAUCUGAAAGCCUGUCAGAAAUAAUUGACUCUGUAGCACUAUCAGAAUUCUGUAUUGGAGAUAUGCCUUCAUUGAUGCAGAGAUGCCCUCCAGAACAGUUGCAAGUAGCUUAUGAGUGUCUGGAUAGAGCAAUUAGUGCAAUGAUGCACGCUCGCUCAGUUUUACCUGCUGGGACAUCCGUGUUGGAUAGCUGGUGCAAAAAGCUGACAUUCAAUGAGCAAAAUUUGAGUGGGUCCCCAGAAAAUGAAACUGCUCAGAAAUCAAUGAUAGGAAACAAUUUUAUUAUGGAUUUACAUCUUGAACUUAUUCUGGCUCAGCAUCGAGUAGCUGUUAAACUAUUUAACUUGGUACAAGACACCCAAUGUGAUAAAAGCAUUACAUUACAUUCCUCCAUGAAAGACGUAAACCGGUUAAAAUAUUUAGCAGAACAAGAUGUAAUGAAUAAAAUAAAAAAGAAUAAAUUGUCCAAAGCACUCUUCCUGAUGCAGAAGGCUGUCCUGCUGCGUCCAGCAGAAUUAGCCUGCUGUUCCUCAAACCAGCUCCUUGAGGAAGCAUUUCUUUUAAUCCAGAAGGCAGAAGCAGAACAAAAUGCAUUAUUGUCUAGUCUCCUACAAUCUGCAGCUACUGUGAAAAGCAAAGUUCCACCUCCUCCUAUAUUGCUUUCGAGAUCUCAUAGUUCGAUGUCAUUUAAACCAGCUCCAUUUACUUCAGAUGUGAAGGUGUCAUGGUAUGCUAUUUUUGGAUGCGUAGCACAAGGAAGUAUUCCAAAAGUCCGGUUAAAUCAUUACAAUCUUCAGAACACUGCAGAACUAGUACAAGCUGAUGAAAACUGUGUCUUAGAAGUAAAAGAUUUAGAACCCAAUGAAAGGUACAUAUUUGCAGUUGCAGCAUAUUCCUCAGAUGGAAAACUUAUUGGUGAUAGCAUUGGGGAAACAACAAAGCCAAUUCUUGCAUAUGUACCUCUUUCUGCUGCUACUUCCAGAGCAUACCUGAUUCAGUGUGCUUAUCAGACUGAGAACUACACAAUUUCUAAAAAGGCAUUUCAACCCCUAUGGGAUUAUUUUGUCUUAUCGCCUCAUACUCCUGUUGCUGAGUCUGAAAUUGUUUCUAUAAGCAGCAGUUUGACCAUAUCUCAGUACAGGUUAGUUCCUGAUACUGUGUAUCAUGCAUCUCCAAACCUCUUGUACCUGUUUCUCAGGAGCAUUUUUGUUAUCAAUGACAUCCGUGUGAGUGAUAGCGCUCUCUUCUCUGAUUCUAUUUCUUUCAAUGAGCUAAAAUAUAGCAGACAGGUCGCUAGGUUAGGUGAAUGUGAGAGGAUGCUAAUGGCGCUUGAACUCAGUAACUGGUUGAAUGAUGUGCAGUAUGCCCUGCAGUCUGUUGUUCAUUGUUAUGGCCUUAUAGCUCCCCUGAUCUUUCACAGGAUUCAUUCAGUCCCACUUGUUCAGGUUCUCAUUAAGUGUCUCACAGUUCUUCAAGAUAUUCCUUGUAGUAUCCUGCAAAGAAAAUCAGCAGCUGCUUAUGAGAGCAUUCAGCACAUGAUAGCUUGCUCUUCUUUUUUCACAGCAAAGGUACUGCGGUCAUGGAAAGAAUAUGAAUUAGCAAUAGUUAUUAUCAACUAUGGGAAAAGGUUAUUGGAUUCCUCUCAGUCUACCUCCCAGAUAGCUACACCUGCAGAAGGAGUGGAUGAAAUACUAGAAGAUGAGACUCCUUCCAAAAAGCUAAAGUCACAAAUAGCUAUAGCUGAAAAAGUAAAUGAGAAUUUAGAGGCUCUGGAAAACACACUGCUGAAACUGACAAAACCAGGACAGGAACUUACGGGAGAAGAAGAUUCACUAUUAUUGUUUCCUGUUGUUCAAAACUGGCAAACAAAGAUUGCUUAUAAAGAAGUGCUGAAAUUCAAGAAGAAUCCCCGCUUCCUUGAAUAUUUUGUUCAGUUUUUGCUCCGAGUUGUUAAUGAAGAAAGGUUUUCACGAAUAAUAGAGUGGGCAGAUGACAUACAAGAGUAUCUUAAAAAACGCAAUAAAUUCCUUCUGGGUGUCAAGCGAAAAAAGCAAAAACCAUUCAUAGACACAAAGAAGGCUAUGACAAUGGAUUUGUACAAACUGGCAGGAGCACUGUCUGCUAAGAAGAAAGGAAAGAGGAAAAAAGAUCAAUUUAAAUGUGGCUCAAAACACCAGGGCACAAGCAAAGCUGUUGAUGCACAGAGGAGAGAAAAAGAGCAAUUACGAAAAAUAGCUUUUUACCUACUUACACAAAAGCUGAAUAUAUAUGGCGAUGUCUUCUUAAAACGAAGAAGGUUCCAUCAAGUUUGUAUCGAAGAGAUGCCAUGGAGAGUGCAGAUGAAUAUUUAUCUAUCAAUCAUCCAUUUCAUUUUGUUUAAGAAACGGCUAGAAGAGCUCUAUAACCUUGAAAUUCAAUCUGCACAAAAUUUGAUCAGAUAUGGAGUUCUAGACCCUGAAAAAUUCUCCUUAAACAACUCAGGCACCAUAGUGGUGCGGUCACCCAUACAGGAAGAAAAAAAAGUUAAAAGCCCUCUAGUUGUAAAAGCAGGAACAUCAGGAAAAUCCAGGAGAAAAACUGACACACUUGACCCUACUUCCCCUGCCGUCAGCCCUGGUCCUUCCUUGCCUGCUUCUGACCCUACAUUACAGAGUGCUUCCUUGGACACUGAUUCCAUCUCAAGCCUACUUGACCACAGUGUUUGUCUCACCCCUGAAAGUGAUGCCAUGAUGGAUCCCACCAAUCUGACCCAGCUGUCACCUUCUGUCACAGAUACAGAUGAGUCUCCUGAGCAUAGCAUUAAGUUGCAUGAAAAACAUACCCCUCGAUCAAGAAGUGAGAGAGGGAGUGACAAAGGGACAGUCAAGGAACGUGAACGAGCUGUGGCUUCUGUUGCUAUGCUAGAUCAUUUUACUAAACUAUUUCUGCAUCUCAGAAGAGCUGUGGUUAUUGCUCAUCGUGGUGGUCAUUGGACAUUGCUUCAGAAUGCCUGCCGAAGCCUUUGGAACUAUACUCAGGAAGUACAGUCAAUCACUAAAAAUAUACAGUCUUUAAACGAACCGUUUCCUAUUACUAGGGAUGUUUUACUUAACACAAUCUGGCUACCAUACUUCAUGGCAUCAGAUUCACUGCUUGAUAUGAUAGUUGAUCUCCAGUCCAGUAAUUCUGUUAAGAUUAUUGAAACUGAAGGAGAUUUCUGUGUCCCAAGUUGCGUAGGAGGCAUUGCUGCUGAUGACGGUGGUUUUAAUUUUUAUUUUGAAAACCCAUUUGACGAUGUGAAUGUUGUUGACUUGAAAGGAGUACAUGACUUGAUCCUGCAAACGUUAGAAAUUCUGUUUCAUUUGAAGAAAUGGGAAUCCCUAGCAUACUUAGCCCUACAGUUUAACACUCUUACACAUGAGAGAUAUACAGAGCUAGUGACUCCUCUGCUGGUGUUUGCUCAGAGACAACUGCAGGAAAGAAUACAACUUCUUAAUGACCCUAAAAGCCCACAAGUUGAUUUCAAGCCAGUUUUCCUUGUCAGUGAUACUGGAAACAAGGUGCUCUGCAGACAUUUCAUUGGGAGCAAGCUGCGUGUUCAUAGUUAUUUUUACAAUGAAAUUGGAUUAUCUGUAGCUACUUUUAAAUCUCUUUAUUACAUCACUUUAGAUGACAGUCUAGCAAGAUCACUGGUUUCUGUUCCUCUGGAUGUGACAGAUUCGCUGAAAUGUUUCCGAGAGAGUCUAGAAAAAUCCAAACACCACAGCAGAGCCCUUAAAUACAGCAGGAAAUUGCUUUCAUUAUUUCUUGCUGAUACACAAGAACAUUUUGGAAGAUUAAACACAGCAUCAAAAAAACAGACGAGUUUACCUGGGAAAGUUGGAUUUAUUAUGGGGGAUGAGAUGACGUUUCAACAGGAACCACCAGACCUGUCUGAAGAAAGUUUUACUUUCCUCAGUAUGCUUCAAAGCAAGUCAAUUCCCUGGUCAAAACUGUCAGUAGUAAUCUCUUCAUAUGAGUAUACACUCGAAGCUCUUCAAAGAAAUGACCAGAAAAGCCUCAGAGUGCAGGCGCUUCAUGAACUUGGAAGUCUUCAUUUUUUGACAGGAAACAAAAGAGCUGCUUUCAAAUGCUGGUGCCAAGGCCUCGAUGGAGCCCUCAACAUAGUCGACGCACUGUAUCACUGGCAUGAGCUAGCUGGCUUGUCAGAGAAUGCCAUUGGCAACUUGGCAAAUAGAUCUCAAGGUUUCUGUGAGAAAUUCAUUGUUCGGGCUGGAAUUUGGGGGUGCAUACAAGGAGCUGUGUUAGCUGCUAAAAUUGCUCAGCACAUCUUACUACAUGAUAUAAAAUUAAGAACCAAAGCUUGCAUUUUAUCUGCUGUUCUCUUCAAGUCUCUUUUUAGAGCUUCAUUACCACAUCCUAUAGCUGAUUGUGACUUCGCACAGUAUGAAAUAGAUGAAUUAAUUCCUGGCGUUGAUCUAUUUGUGGAUAAUUACAGAGCUGAUGUUGCAUCAGUCGUUGCAAGUCUGAGUUUCAUUAUGUUUGAACUGCAUUGUUGUAAGCACAAUCUAAUCAUUUUGCCGCUCUUUUCACUGUAUCAAUACUUUGUCUCUGAAGUUUGUCGGAAUGCACUUAAAUGUAUCGAAGGAAGGAUUUUCAAGAUAAAGGUGCUUACAGAUUUAGGAUUUUUCUCUGAUGCAUUCCAUGAACUGUGUAUUCUUAACUUUGGAGACAAAAUCCCCUGGAAACUGCCCGCAGGCUACAAAUUUGUUCCAAAAUGUCAGCCCUUUGCAAAAUUUGAUUCAUCGUUACCUCUCUUGGCGACUGUAAAUCUACAGGUAAUUGAAGAUGUAUUUAACAGGCCUCUACAUUCAGUUUGGAGUUCACUGUGUGAUUCACGAAUCAUAAAUAACUUAACCUUGGCAAAAAUGCAUUUCAUUCUUUCCCUGUCUGCAACAAUAAAUUGCAUUCCUGAAAAAGUGACGAAAGCAACAUAUUGCAUAGACAGUGAUAUCUUACGAAAGGCAGGCAAAAUCACACAUGCAUUUUUGAAAGGUUUUAUGCCACCUGGAAGUGCAAGACGAACUCCAACAGUCUUUAUUUUGGAACUUGAAAAAAAUAAAGAUAUCUUAAAUAUGGCAAUGCUGAAGGGUAUUUUAUUGGCAGAAGCUGAAGAAAGGAUUAGUUCAAUUGUAGAUGGCAUGCAGAGCAAAUAUGGCAGGAUGAUCUCUCAGUGUUCGGCAGCAGACUUAGAGACUGUCAUUGAAGCCAAGCUUCAGCUUGCAGAUAUUGCUCAACAAAGACUUCAAACAGCUUUCAGUGCUGCUUUGGUCUUUACCACAAUAAAACUCCUUCAGGAUGCAGAUGUCUUCAAGAAAACUUCUGAUUUACCACAGGAUACAGAGAGAUCAGAGGAGCCAAAUGAACAUGGCAUUUAUAUUGAGGAUUCCCAUCUGUUACACAAUGUAAUAGCACGGGAACAUAUGAACAUACAUCUAUGGCUGAAGUGUCGUCUGGCUUUAGUGACUGCAAUUACAGCACAGAUAAGAGGCAUUGAAACAAUGACAGAAAAUGAACUGACAGAGUGCUCAUGUCUGAUCAGCGAGGUACAAAUGGAAGCAGAAGCAUUUAAUGAUGUUGAGGUACUUGCUGAAAUUAGAAUGCAAGACGUCAUGCUAGGCCUGCAAGAAAGACAACCAGUGACUGACAUUAAGCUUCAUUUACAGGAUAUAAUCAGAUUACUUGAUGAAAAGACGCUGAUUUCACCUCCAGCUUCUUUAACAUUGGUGAAAAGUAUGCUUCUGUUAGCUGACAUAAUGAGGACACAAAAAGAACAGUCAAAACACAUUUCGAAAACUGAUCAACUGAACUUAUUAAUUCUGGCACACAGGCUGGUGAUUGAACAGCUAUAUAUUUUGGGAGAAUCAAUUAAACAAAAUGCUGAAGACCCUACAUUUACAACUCCGGUGCUGCCUUUGAAAAACAUAUAUCUGCCACAUGUCAGAUUACUGGCAAAAGUCAAAAUGAGAAUUGGUCAUACACUAGCUCUAGAAUUGUCUUGCUCACCUAAAAGAAAUCAGUCGCAGUGGCAACAAGCCCUCAGGCAUACAGAAACAGCGCUGGAACUUUGUAGAGCAUCAGUACAAAGUGAAUUAGACCUGGAAGCAGAGAUUCUUUUUUGGAAAGGGAAGUUAGAGCGACAGAUCACUGUAAUCAGUAACAAUAAAUCAACAUCAGCUGUCGAGACCUUGCUGGAAGCUAUCAAGUUAAGUCUGCAAAAUUACCAAAAUUAUGGAUUAAUAAGAAGAGCAUACUUGGAGGUAGCACUGCUAUAUUUUUAUCUAAUUAAAGCCAAGCAGGAACCUUCAAGCACUGUGAAGGGAAAAGCAUUCAAAGCAAAGGCCAGCAAUACACACUAUGCGAGUUCGGAUGAUUUUACAGCCAUGGAAAUGUACAGAGUGCAGGCUUGGAUUGCAGUAAGGGCUGCUGCACAGGUUAGUGAAGCUAUUCUAGCUUACCAGAAAUUAAUUGGAAGGAAGGCCGUUAAAUUAUAUCACGUGAGAGAGAGAGUACAACACAACAUCCCAUUAUUUGCCCUUCUGGACCUCGGUUAUUCCUAUAAGGACUACUUGUCUGGUGGAUAUGAAGUUACCUAUAAAGCCCCUUCCAUAUUGUCUCCUGGACAAGGGCAAGAAGAUGGAGCUGAAAGGGAUGGAGCUGAAAAUUCUCCAUAUGAGGAUAACCAGGCCAGGCUGAAGAUAACCUGGGUCCACUUAAUUCGCUACAAUACUUACUUAAACAGGCUCUUGAACAUGAGUCCUUUGCUAGCUGUUCCAAAAGCAGGAGAAGGCUUAUUUGCUAAAGAAAAUACGCUGUUCACUUCAGUGUUUGACAUAGGAACUACCCUACGCUUAGCAGAAAUGCAUUAUUUCCUAAAAACCUACUUGCCUGUAUAUUCUGCCUGCUGCCUUGAAGAUCCCCCCAAACAACUACACAGUUUUGAGCGGAUUCGUGGUAGUUUAAUUGCUCUUGCAAAGUCAACUUCAGAAGCUAUUGGAGUGUCAUCUAGACUGUCAAAAGUAACCCUAACUGCCUCUAGUUCUUGCGGCACUCCGAGUGAAGGUUAUUUUGACAACAAGGCAACUUGUACUUCCCUCAAAGAACUUUGUGUGCAGUGGUAUCUUCCAUCUGUGGAGAAAUCAUCAAAAGAAGAGACUAUGGUUUUGUUUGUUUAUGCUUACAAUAUAAAACCAGCCAGAAUUAUCAGCAUCACAAAUUUCCACUCACCCAAUGUGUUCUGUGGUUAUUUGUGGAUUCCACUGAAUAGUGUUGUUGCUGUGCGUGAAAAAUUGUCUAAUCUGAAGCAAAAAAUUGAAAUGCUAAUGCACUCAACUCACUCAACUAUAAAUCCUCGUCAAGCAAGCGUAACACACAGUUUUCUUUCACCAGAAUCUAGAAGUUCUGUCUCAAGAGUGGUGAUUGAUAAAAAAACAGAGGAAAUAGUCAAGCAGUGUUUAUCAGAAAUCAAAGCCUUGUUGUCAGUUGGUCCAAAUCAGCCAACCCCAAUCAGUGAGAUCCCAUUUGACAUCUCCUUACCAGCAAUAAACAAUUUAUGGAAAUUAUUUGAUCCAGCUAAUGGGUGUGUGGUAACAGCAGGGAAUAUUUUCCACUGGAUAGUUUCUUUACUCUCUUAAGUGAUCUUUCCAGAAGAAAAUGAAUGUGCAUUUAAUGGAGUUUGAUGGUGUUUUGGAGUCUCAUCUUGUAUUAAUAACACCGAUAACAAAUUGCCUGUUAUAGGAGACUAUCCUCUGUAAUUUACAAAAUAUAU